ACAGCGUCCGCACUUGGUUCUCCUUCAGCUGCUCCACUGUUUUCACCUUUUCACUGUGUCCAUUGACCUCGUUUCUUUGAAGCAAACACUGCUGCCAUUUUUUUCCUGUGCGGGUUUAGUCAUCCAGCUGAGGCAGACUGGAGAUGAAGAUAAAGAUAGGAAAAUGAGGAAGAAAAGUCACUCUGAAAUCGGUGAACUGAGAGUAAACAAAGUUGACUAAGCUGGAAUCACUGAGUCCACCCCGGGUUUACAAUUUGUGCUUAACUAGACUCCACUCCAGAUGCUCGCUUUGGGGAGGAUUCCGGCUUUGACCUUGCUGAUCUUCAUCAAUCUUUUGGUGCCAGGACCAUGUUGUGUGGAUAGGAAUCCAACAUCACAGAAAGCUUCAUCAUAUAUGACAAAAGUUAACACUACUGUACAGAUGGGUACAAACACUCUGCUCUGCUGCCCUUCUAUUCCACUGACAAACACACUAUUAAUAACAUGGAUAAUAACCCCCAGAGGCCAGCCUUCCUGCAUAAUAUCCUACAAAAUGGUUACAAGGGAGAUCGAUGGAACCAACUGCUUGGGCAGAAGCAUCACCUGGGCCUCCACACCUGACCUCAGUCCCGACCUUCAGAUCAGUGCAGUGGCCCUCCAACAUGAGGGAAAUUACUCAUGUGAGAUAAUAACACCUGAUGGGAAUUUCCAAAAAGUCUAUGACCUCCAAGUGCUGGUGCUCCCUGAAGUUACCUACUUUCCAGGGAAAAAUAGAAGUGCAGUUUGUGAGGCAAUUGCAGGCAAGCCAGCUGCACAGAUCUCUUGGACUCCAGAUGGGGAUUGUGUCACUAAGAAUGAAUUACACAGCAAUGGCACCGUGACUGUCAGGAGUACAUGCCACUGGGAACACAAUUACGUGCCUGCUGUGUUCUGCCAGGUCUAUCAUGUAACUGGUAACCAGUCUCUGUUCAUAGAACUGAGUAGAGGUGGUACCAGCAGCACCCUACCUUCCUUGCUGAUCAUUCUCUACAUGAAAAUGGCCCUUUUGGGGAUUAUUCUUCUCAUCGUAGGAUUUGCUUUCUUCCAGAAGAGAAAUCAUACCAGAACAUGAUUAUCCAGAUUUCAGGAAGUCCAUUAGUCUGAUGACACAAUACAAGACAACUGCCAUUUGCAAUCAACUUUCUCAUUGAAAUACAGCUUACCUGUCCCUACUAUCUUCACGUUUGUUAGACACUUAUCUCCAAAUUCUUUUGCUUGUUUGUUUUUUGCUUUUUUGGUUUUUGGUUUUUGGUUUUGUUUUGUUUUGCUUUUCGAGACAGGGUUUCUCUGUGUAGCCCUGGCUAUCCUGGAACUCACUCUGUAGAUCAAGCUGGCCUCAAACAAAGAAAUCUGCCUGCCUCUGCCUCCUAAGUGCUGGGAUUAAAGGCAUGAGCCACAACUGCCCAAAUUCUUAACAUAGAAGGGCUCCUGUCUAAAGGAAAUAUGGGGACAACAUGUGGAUCAUAGACUAAAGGAAAGGCCAUCCAGAGACUGCUCUCCCUGGGGACCCAUCCCAUAUACAGACACCAAACCCAGGCACUACUGUGGAUGUCAAAAGUGUUGGCUGACAGGAGCCUGUUAUAGCUGUCUUCUGAGAGGCCCUGCCAGUGCCUGACAAAUACAGAGGUGGAUGCUCACAGCCAACCAUUGUACUAAGCACAGUUUCUCCAAUGGAGGAGUUAAAGAAAAGGCUGAAGGAGCUGAAGGGGCUUGCAAUCUCAUAGGAAAAGCAACAAUAUCAACCAACCAAACCCCGCCCCCCCCCCAGAGCUCCCAAGGACCAUCACCAGGGACUAAACCACCAAUCAAAGGGUACACGUGGAGGGACCCAUGGCUCCAACCGCAUAUAUAGCAGAUGAUGGCCUUAUUGGGCAUCAAUGGGAGGAGAGGCCCUUGGUCCUGGGAAGACCUGAAUCCCCAGUGUAGGGGAACAACAGGGUAGUGAGAUGGGUGUGAAUGGGUGGGAUGGGGAGCAUCCUCAUAGAAGCAGGAGGCAGGGGGAUGGGAGAUGGUGGUUCAGGAGGAGAAACUGGGAAAGAGGAUAACAUUUGAAAUGUAAAUACAUGAAAUAGCCAAUAAAAAAAGAAUUUAUUCUACAGUUGGCAAUUGUGCAGUAUGACCACAUAGGAAAAAGCUUGGUGCUUGCCCUUACAUAUUCAGUGAAUGUUCCAUCUAGUCUCUCCCUUGUCAACUUCCCAGGCCAAAGAAGAAAAUGUCUUAGCAAAAGGUGAACAUGAGUGCUGGGUGCUUUAUUUUCAUUUAAGUCCCCCCAGGAAUGGCUUCCA